AUGGGAAGACCACCUUGCUGUGACAAAAUUGGGAUUAAGAAAGGGCCUUGGACUCCUGAGGAAGACAUCAUCUUGGUCUCUUACAUUCAAGAGCAUGGUCCAGGGAAUUGGAGAUCGGUUCCCACUAAUACAGGGUUGAUGAGAUGCAGCAAAAGCUGCAGACUCAGAUGGACCAACUAUCUGCGACCUGGAAUCAAACGAGGCAAUUUCACCGAUCAUGAAGAGAAAAUGAUAAUCCACCUCCAAGCACUUUUGGGCAACAGAUGGGCUGCGAUAGCCUCCUACCUUCCACAGAGGACAGACAAUGACAUAAAAAACUACUGGAAUACCCAUUUGAAGAAGAAGCUGAAGAAGAUGGAAAGUGAGGGUGGUGAUGACAGUAACAAUUAUGAAAAGGGAAACUCUUGUUCACAGCUAAAGGGUCAGUGGGAGAGAAGGCUUCAAACAGAUAUCCACAUGGCCAAACAGGCCUUAUGUGAAGCUUUGUCCCUUGACAAACCAACCCAAAUUUUCCCUGAGACCAAAUUACCCUCCACUUCUUCCCAAUGUUUCCAUGAUCACCACCACCCUACAUCACCAAACCAAACAUCCUUGUACGCCUCAAGCACAGAAAACAUCGCCAAGUUGCUGGACAAUUGGAUGAAGAAAUCCCCAAACAAAAUCGAAAAAAACUACUCCUUCAGCAACAUGGUAACCACAGGGUCUAGCUCCAGUGAAGGAACACAAAGCACCACCACAUGCACACAGGAACAUGCUCUUGACUCCUUGUGGAGCUUCAACUCUGAACGUUCACAAUCUGUGUCAGCAGAAGAAAACACCAACUUGGUCGAGAGCAAGCCGAACCUAGAGACGCAAGUCCCUCUCAUGUUGCUGGAGAAUUGGCUCUUCGAUGAUGCUGCUCCUCAGUGCAACGAAGAUCUAAUGAACAUGUCACUAGAGGAAAGUACGGAAGGGUUGUUCUAG